AUGACGAACAACAAAAGAAAGCUAAUUAUUGGCUACAAUUCAUCGGAACAUACACCAGCUGCAGAAUUAAUUGGCAGCAAUGCAGAUAUCCUAACAGAGAUCCUUACCUGUGUGCCGGCAAAGUUCCUCAUCAGAUUCAAGUGCGUGUCUAAGGAUUGGCUCUCUUUAAUCUCCGAUUCACAAUUUUCUUGCAACCACUCUCACCGAGAUCCCAAUGCCUUGUUCUCAGGACUAUUCAUCAACCCUUGUACAUCAGACAAUGCACAAGUCAAGUCUGUCUCACUUAACGGCCACCACCGAAGUCUUCCGACUGUGUCAUUCCUAAAUGGUGUUGGAGAUGGGUCUGUACUUCCCUAUCCCUAUCAUGGUGGCACUACAUCAUCUUCUGUACAAUUUCAUCUCAAGUUUGGUGUUUUCUGGAGUUCAUCUGGAUCAUUGGGUAAUAUGUUUGGUGGUUAUUUAGUUUUUGAUCCUUCAAAAUCACCUAACUACAAAGUUUUAUUGAUAAGUUACAUUAGGAAUAGUGAUGGAUGCUUUUACUUAAUUGACAUAUACUCUUUGGAGAGUGCCUCUUGGACAUACAUGUGUGCCACUGCCCCACCAGGUUACUCUUUCACAAAAAGCUUUGUCAGUGCUGUGCUUUGGGAUUCAAAAUUCUUGAGAUGGAGAGGGACUGCUGUCAUUGGAUGUAGAAGUACCAGUUGGUCUGAAUCCCUUCAAGUCUUGCAACAGGGUAAAGCUUUCUCUCGCUCAAGGAAUGUAUGUGAAAGGGAUUCGGAAAAUACUAAGCAGAGUUUGGUAGAGUUUUAG